CAAAAACAGAGCAGAUCUUUUACAGCCCCCCCAGUUUGCUUGGAGAAAACUCAAGAGUUGACUGUAAAAGGGGCGAACCAAGGAGAAGAGGAGCCGCCCUCUCUUCUCUCUCUAAUUUCAUUUUUCUCUCUCCUCUCUCGUUUAAUCGCCCACACUCACAUGCGAUUGAAGGGUCCAUUUUUCUAAUUUUUUUUCUUGGGAUACAAUUCAUUUGAUGACAAUGGGAGCUGAUCGUUGGUAGAAGUUGAUUUAUGAGAGCUGCCAACAACUUACCGUUGGGGAUCUUCCCCAAUUUCCCUUUGUCUUUUCUCUCUUUUCUUUAUUUUUGGGCCUUUUAAAAGUUGGGUUGUUUUCAUUUCUGUCAAAUUUUAUGUUAGUUGACAAAUUAUUGGUGGCAUGAUUAUAAUAUGUAAAAUUUCAUUGAGUCUAUCUAUGUUAGAUUCUUAAUUCCAACUAAUAUUAGUUGACAAAUUAUUGGUGGCAUGAUAGAGAAUGAUGCUACUUCAUUAGUCACUAGUCAGUAUCUCGUGGUUCGUCUGCUGUCUAUCGUAACUAGUUUCUGAAAGCCAAGUUGUAACAUGGCUAUAAGCACUCUGCAGUCAAAAAUUUGAAGGCAAGAUCUUUGCUAGAGAGACUAAACAUGGUCUGAGUUGAAAUGCGCCGUGUGUCUGUGGGGACUGUUGGAGAGGAGAUAGAGUAGUAGUAUCUAUGAAGUAUGAACAAUUGAUGAGAAACUAUAUUAGAUGAAGUUCAUGUGGGUAUCAUAUCUUGAAAAUAAAUGAUCAAUAUGAUCAAUCAACUUGAAUGAGGAGCAAUACUUUUGCUUUUUUCUCGAAGUCUUUGAUGGAGGUUUGACUGCAUCUUGAUGCUAUGCUUCGAGCCAAGCAGAUCAGUAACUUUUCCAAUUGUGCUAGAUCCAUACUAUAUAGUGGGUCAAGAUGUAGUACAAACGAUGGGAGCUCAUGCUCCUGUGCUGAUGAUGAAAAAUGCAUCUCAAGGAGACAGACUUCAUUGCUUCGGCCAAAAUCAUCAGCUGUGGUGUCCUCACCUGUUGCAAGGGUAGAAUCUGUGGUCUCCAAGGAUGCUGCCAAGGCUUCUCGAAACCCGGAAAAUGUCAACACCUCAACUUCUCGUGCACAAGCUGUCUCUCUCUCAAGCACUUUGGGGAAACCUGAUUGUGUAAGUUAUUCCACCAGCGUCGAUUCUCAUCAAAAUGAUAUGACACAGUCACCAGCUCACAUAACGGAUCAAUUGGUGAAGGUAGGUAUUGCUGCAGUAGGUUUUAUAUCGGAUAUUGUAAAUUAUAAGAUUCCUCUAACAGAUGGAAGUGGAACAGCUUCCUCAGCGCAAACCUAUAUGGUUGGUCACAGUAGACACCGAGCAACUGUUAAACCUACACCUGUAAAAUCUGUAAAGAGAGACGAUGUUUAUGAUGUACAUGAGAAACCUUCUUCAGGAAAGGCGACUGCUUCUAGUCCUUCUGUGAAUUAUCAGGGUCCAAAAGGUAAAUCUGAUAAUCAUGGUCCUGCAGAAAGUGUCAGCCAUGAGACUAGUAGUAAGGCAGGAGUUUCAGUAGCAACUCAUGGUGUAGCAUCUGAUAGGAAAAGCUACGUAGGAACGCAGGGUGUUUCAUCCGAAAAGAAGAAUUAUACUUCUCAGAAAUCCAAGACAUAUGCGAAUAGCCCUAAUGUACAGGCCCCUAAAACAAAGUAUACUGGUAGAGUUCCCCAUUACAUAAAUAACCAUUCAAGAGAUUUGAAAUCUCAGGUAGGAACUGCCCCAUUUGGUAGGCAGUUUGUGAGCACUAGCCAAGUUGCUGGCAGUGUUUUGGAAAUAUUGAGAAAGCUCAAAUGGGGUCCUGCAGCAGAAGCAGCACUUGAGAAUCUCAAUUUGUCGGUUGAUGCUUAUCAAGCAAAUCAAGUCCUGAAGCAAAUUCCAGAUUAUGUAGCUGCACUUGGUUUCUUCUACUGGUUGAAACGGCGAGCAGGUUUUAAGCAUGAUGGGCAUACCUAUACUACCAUGGUGGGCAUCCUAGGUCGGGCUAGACAGUUCAAUGCAAUUAAUGUCUUGCUUGAUCAGAUGUCAAAAGAAGGAUGUGAACCUAAUGUAGUGACCUACAACCGUCUGAUACACAGCUAUGGUCGUGCAAACUAUCUGAAUGAAGCAAUUAAUGUUUUCCACCAAAUGCAGGAUGCCGGUUGUGAACCUGACCGAGUCACCUAUUGCACGCUUAUUGAUAUCCAUGCAAAAGCUGGAUUUCUCGAUGUUGCCUUGUACAUGUACCAGAAGAUGCAGGAGGCUGGCCUUUCUCCUGAUACAUUCACUUACAGUGUUAUGAUCAACUGCUUGGGAAAGGCGGGCCAUUUGGAUGCUGCCCACAAGCUGUUCUGUGAGUUGGUUGAUUCUGGUUGUAUCCCAAAUCUUGUUACGUAUAACAUCAUGAUUGCCUUGCAGGCUAAGGCAAGAAAUUACCCUGUCGCCCUGCAGAUCUACCGUGACAUGCAAAACGCAGGAUAUGAGCCUGACAAAGUCACAUACAGUAUCGUGAUGGAGGUCCUUGGACAUUGUGGUUAUCUCGAGGAGGCAGAAGCAAUAUUUUUUGAGAUGAAAAGUAAGAACUGGGUACCUGAUGAGCCUGUUUAUGGGCUUCUGGUGGACUUAUGGGGUAAAUCUGGGGAUGCUGGAAAAGCCCUACAGUGGUAUCAAGCAAUGCUCCAAGCUGGCUUGUAUCCGAAUGUGCCAACCUGCAACUCUUUGCUUAGUGCUUUUCUUCGCGUGCACAGACUCUCGGACGCUUACAACCUGCUCCUUAGCAUGGUCAACAUGGGACUUAAUCCUUCACUCCAAACUUAUACUUUGCUCCUUAGUUGUUGCACUGAAGCUAAAUCAUCAUUUGACAUGGGAUUUUGCGGUCAACUUAUGGCCAUCACGGGCCAUCCAGCACAUGUAUUUUUGCUGAAUAUGCCAUCAUCAGGACCUGAUGGACAGAAUGUUCGAGAUCACGUGGGAAGGUUCCUGGACCUGAUGCAUAGCGAAGACAGAGAAAGCAAACGAGGACUCGUUGAUGCUGUGGUGGACUUCCUCCACAAAUCAGGCUUGAAGGAGGAAGCUGGUUCUGUGUGGGAGGUUGCAGCUACAAAGAAUGUGUAUCCGGAUGCUGUGAAGGAGAAAAGCUCCUGCUACUGGCUAAUCAACUUACACGUCAUGUCAGAUGGAACUGCCGUUACCGCUCUUUCAAGGACGCUCGCCUGGUUCCGUCGGGAAUUGUUGAUAUCAGGUGUUGGUCCCACCAGGAUCGACAUUGUCACUGGGUGGGGCCGAAGGAGCAGGGUGACGGGAGCAUCUUUGGUGAGGCAGGCUGUUCAGGAGUUGCUUGAUUUAUUUAGCUUUCCAUUCUUUACCGAAAAUGGGAAUUCUGGGUGCUUUGUCGGAUGCGGGGAGGCCCUUAAUACAUGGUUGCAGCAACCAUACGUUGAGCGGAUGCAUUUGCUCUAGCUAUGACUCGACCGUAGUAAAUUGGUUGCAUUUUUGUGCUAGAUUGAGCAACUAAAUUUACUACUGAAUAAAUUAAAAGAGUGCUGUAUUUAGCUACCUUCUCUGUGAAGUUGUUUUAGGGUUUAGGUGCUAGUUUUUUCACUCUUGACAUACUCCCUUGCCUUAAAUCUUUUUGCUGGGCAUUUUGAAGUGCUGGUUCUAUUAAAAGUUAUUCAGGCAUUAGAAGCUUUUCAUGGUUCGUCGCAGAAUUGCAGGAGCAUAAGAUUCGAUGAUUUUAUUUUUAGUUUUUGUAAAGCAAUCGAGUUUUAUUUAUUGUAUCGUGGAAAUUUUCAGGAAGGAAAUUGUUAUUUCUUGAAAUUUUUGGCAAUAUCUUAUGUCUGUAAUCUGUAUGAAGAACUGUUCAUUGGAGCUUACUGUAGUGAUAUGAAACAUUUCUUUGGAACUU